AAAAAAAAAAAAAAAAUUCUCUCAUUAUGGCAAAUCGUUUACCAAGAGAAUGCUUGGAAGAAAUAUUUCACAUUUUAGAAUAUGAAAAAUCUACAUUACAUUCCUGUCUUUUAGUAAACAGAUCUUGGUGUAUUAGUGUAAUAAGAUUCUUAUGGAAACGACCUUUCCAAUUAGCUAAAAAACCUUGUUCGGACAUCAUCGAAAUUUACAUUUCAUUUUUUUCUCCGAUAGUUAAAAAUUAUCUAUUAUCCGAAGGGGUUAAUAUUCCACUUAAUGAUACAACUAAAAUUUUUGAUUAUCCAUCUUUUAUCCGCGAUUUUAGAUUUGAUGAUUUAUACGAAUCAACUUCAGCUUGGUUACAAGAAGAAUACGAAAAAGGACGACAAAUCAGACAUGACCUUGUAAUGUUCGACGAUCUACGGAUCGUAAAGUUAAUUGUCAACGAACUCGUUAAACUUUUAUUUUCGAAAACUCGAAUACUCGAAUCUCUUUCGUUGAAUACGCAAAGAUUAAUCGGAUUGAUUGAUAGGAGAUUUUGGUCACAUCAUCCUGGAGAUAUUCAAUAUACACCAACAAGUUUUGAGGAAUUUCGUAGCGCUUAUGGUUUUGAUGAUUUAUUACAAAUUCCGAAUUAUCCUGGAGCAAAUAAUUGUUUGGUACAUUUACAAAAAUUUGAAUAUGGGGGAGAUGCGACGGAUGGAAAAAUCAUGCAAGUUCUCUCUGAAGUAUCUCAAAAUUUAAACACUUUGGAAAUAAGUUUUUCAUCAUGGCAAAGGAGGCACGCAGAUCCUCAAAUGAUGUUAAGCCUUUUAACAGCUCAACAUGCAUUGCAUCGUGUAAUCUUGAGAAGGGGUGGAUCAAAUUGUUUACCUAUUUUAAUUGGAGGAUUAAGUACUCAAGCUAGUUCAUUAAAUCAUUUAGAAUUUAUUGGAGCUGAUUUUAGAAUAAGUGUUAGUUUAACACCUUUAGUUAUUUGUGUAAACUUGCAAACUUUAGUAUUCGAGAGGUGCUUAGGAUUAAAUGAUGAUAUUGUUGAACCUUUAGCUUUUGCGACCUUUAAAAAAUUAAAAAAAUUUGUGUUUAGGAAAAGUGUUGGAUUUAGAGAUUUAAGAACAAUACUUGCUCCCCCAUCAGUUGUACCCAUUACGGGAAAUCAUAUUCAGGGUAAUGUAAAUGUAAUAGGACCUGUUUUAAGAGGAAUUCCUCCUAUAUCAUCGGCAUUAUUGACAUCAACAUCAACAUAUUCACCACCAUCAUCUUCUUCUUCAUCUUCAUCAUCAUCUUCUUCCACCACUUCUGAUCAUCCUUUGGCGAGAAUGAUACAAAAUACAUGUGGUUCAUUAAAGGAUAUCAGAUUAGGAAGAAAAGUAUGGAAUGUGAGAAGACCUCUAGGAUUAAUAUCCAGAGGAGUGGGAGAUUUCCCACCAUCAUCCAUUCUCUCUACACUUUCUAUAACAUGCCCAUAUUUAGUUAAAUUAGAAACUCAUACAAGUAGAGAAAUUUUCCCUCAAUUACUUAUACUUUUAAAUAAUUGUCAACUUCUUCAACAACUUCAUAUUUCAGUAGGAACAGAAUUGAUGGAUGAUGAACAGUUUUGGAAACGUGUUUCUCGAGCAUUUCCACCAAAACUAAAGAAUUUGAUGGUUGUUAUUGAAGGAACAUUUUGGUUAAUGGUAAUACACUGGUUACUUGGAAAUUGUAAAGCUCCAUUAGAAGUAUUACAAUUUCCUAGGAGUAGUUGUAUUGAUGAUGAAUACCUUUGUUUGAUUACACAGUAUGCGGAAGUAAUAGGAACUCUAAAAAAAUUAAUUUUAGCCAGAAGGACAAGAGUGUCGAAUGAAGGACUUAGAAGAGCUUUGAUCGUAUUUGAAAGUGUAAGCAGAGGUGGUGAAGUGGUUAUAGAAUAUGACAAUUAAGAAAAGAAGG